AUGGUCGAAAAAAUUGUUGAUUGGGAAAAUAAUUUUAGCAGUAUAGUUGUGGACAACACCCCAAACCUUUGGGAUGGGAGUGUUCGAGAGCGGGGGUUGCCGGGGAAGGCGUGUCAACCUUCUUUGGCAGGGCUGGAUUUUCUUCAGCUUCCGCCUACUUCCGUCUUUUUUGGGUCUUCCACUUUCGUUUUUCGUUUUUUAUUUUCUUCCGUUCUUCCGCCUUCCGCUUUUUAAAUUCAGAAUUCUUCAGCCCUUUUAGUGGGGUUCAUGGACAAAGUGCAAACCUAAUUCAGCUAAACAAGUAUAAAAAAUAAAGAUUUCUGCUAGCUUUAACGCGACAUUGUCAGAGGCUUAAUGAUGCCUGAUUGUUGCGAUUUAAUUUGAAAAUAGAGUUGCCCCCCCCCCCGACUAGGGUUGGACACAAUGUCGGAUUAGUAUGCAAUUGCCAUAUCAUAUAUGUAUAUCAGGGCUGGGCUUAUUUCGCACUUUCGCGUUUCGCAUCUUUCGCAUUCUCGCAUUUUUUGGCGUGAAAAGUUUCGCAUUUCGCAUUUCGCUUUUUAUUUUUAGAGUUCGCCCAGCCCUGAUAUAUAUCCUAUCCUCUUUAUGAACGAUUUUUCUACAAUUAUCCUCGACCUGAAACAAUCUGAAAACCC